AAAAGCUGCUGAAGAGAUCAUGAGGGGCAUUGGUGUCCGAAGUAUACCACACGACAAAAAAACAACAGCUUCCUUUGCAAGGAGAAAAUUGGAAAAGGCUUUCACAACGGGAGAUGAAGGCAUGCCGAAUAAAUGACGUUGCCACUGUUGGCGUUGAGCAUUAUAAAGCUCAGCUUCAGGAUGAGAAAAGACAAAUCUGGGAAGCGCAAAAGAAACAGAAGCGGCCCAAAGGAAUGCAACGUUUUAUUGACACUUUAGCAACGAGUGACAAAGAGAGAAGGACUUAUUUCUUGAAGUGGAUGAAGUUCAUCUUUAAUACCCAUUCUCGUGAAAAAUUGACUGCUCUGCGUCAGAAAUUCAAAGAGCAAUGCAUAAAUAAAGACGCCAAACUCAUUGCAGAGAUUGAUCAGAAUUUGGUGGACAGCUCUUUAGGAGUGGAACAUUACAUGAGAGAAAUGGGACUCCACUACGAGGUUUUCUGCGGUCAAACCAAAUUGGUUCAUUUGCCCGCUGUAGCUGCUGAUAUGCUGUUGGAUGGUUAUCCAUUGGAGUUUCUGGACAGAGAUGCGUCAAACAUCCCAGAGAAGUGGGUGACAGAUGUUCUCAUGGAGCUUCACAAGAAGGUCGGAGGGAAGAGCAGGCUGAUCGUGCUGACUGUGCUUGGUGUUCAAAGUACUGGAAAAUCAACGCUUCUCAACACCAUGUUUGGCGUUCACUUUCCGGUCAGCAGCGGCAGAUGUACAAGAGGGGCUUAUAUGCUGUUCCUCAGAGUUGGAGACGAUAUACAAACUGAGUUGGGUUGUGACUUCAUCCUUCUCAUUGAUACCGAAGGUCUGAAAUCCCCUGAGCUU